AUGAAGUCUCGAGGAGCACUGACAAAUAGGAUUGAUACUGAAUUAUUAUCUCAAAUUAACGAUGAAGUUCACUAUUGGAAAAAUGUUUUGAAAAGAGUGGUUGUAGUGGUAAAAACCUUGGCAAUAAGAGGAUUGGCUUUUGGAGGUAACUCGGAGAAAAUUGGAUGCCCACACAAUGGAAAUUUUUUAAUGUCCAUGGAAUUGAUAGCACAAUUUGAUCCAUUUUUAGCAUCACGUAUUUCUAAAUAUGCUAAUAAAGGAAAAGGGUCAACAUCAUACUUAUCGUUCCAUACAUAUGAACAAUUUAUAACUUUGAUGAGUGACAAAGUAUUGGAAAAUAUUCUAAAAGAAGUCCAAACAGCAAAGUAUUUUUCAAUAAUAGUUGAUUCAACUCCUGAUAUUUCCCAUACUGACCAAUUAUCAUUCGUAAUAAGGUACGUUUUAGAUGGGUAUCCUAAAGAACGGUUCAUGGGUUUUUUAGAGAAUACUGGGCAUAAAUCUGAACAAUUGGCUGAUAGUGUAUUAACUACUCUUGCAUUGUAG